GCCGCGUGUUCUCAGUACCUGCAAUUUAACGUACGUUAUCAAGAUUUCAAAUCACAAACAAGUUACCAACUUAUACACAGAAAAGUCCUAAAUACCACCUCCAACAUAUGACAGCAGACAACAAUAUAACCUACAAAAACACAUAGAUGAUCUACAAAUUUCACAAAUUAUUUAGUUAAAAUGUCUGCAUUAUUCAACUUCCAAAGUUUACUGACUGUUCUCCUAUUGAUGAUUUGCACCUGUGCAUAUCUACGUUCACUAUUUCCUAGCAUAAUUGACCGCAGUAAAGUCGGCGUCUCUGGAACUUUUUGGAAGUUUGCACGCAUUGGAGAACGAAAAUCGCCGUACAUUGCAGCAAGUUGUCUCAUCAUGGCAUUCUCAUUGUUAUUUUUAUCAUAAAACUUGUAUCAGUUAUAAAUUAAUGUAAAUAAUAUUUAAAACGCAUUUAUAUAAAUAAAAACCUACUAAAAUUUAAAAA